UGUUUUUGUUUUGAUCGUCGUGUUCGGAUUUGCAUAGGUGGUGUUGCAGUUGGGUGCAUUUUCCAGGAUGAGUGUGGUGCAAUCCAAUAUUUCCACAACAAUCCGGAGCUUCAACAUAUCGGACGACAUUCGAAUCGAGGUGAAAAAGUUCCGCACCGAUGCUGGAAUUGAGGAAAUUGAUAUCGAAGAGGAUGAGGACGAUAUAUCUGUCAUUCGAAAAAUUCACAAAACCUUCGCCGACCCCAAUGAAACGGAGUUUGACCCGGACACCCUGAAGUCCAUCAUCUCCCGCUUGGACGGGAUUGAGAAGAAGCUGGAAAACAUCAUUUACAUGAACGCCCAAGCGGACAGCCUCAGCGCGGUCCACAUGAACGGACUCAUCAAUCGACAGUUCAUCACGACGCCAACUACGCUGGCCAUAGCCCAAGAGCAAUCCCCGGAGGAACCAAUGGUGCAGGAUGAGAUGGUAGACGAGAUAAGGUUGGAAAUCGACUCGGAUGAUAACGAUUUGAUGGGGGAGUUUAUCGAGCAGGAUGAAUUGAAACUGGUCGAAUUUCCAAUCAAUCGAAUCGAUGAUUUAAGGGAACUAGAAGAGUCGAUUACGAGCGACCAGGAGUCUUUCGUUUCGUUUGUUAACUUCUUGGCCGCCACCGUACAAAAGCACAGUCGCAAUCUGGAACCUAUUCUGCGAGACUUUGUGACCGAAAAUCUAAUCAAUGAACUCGGAUUCAACGAUGCGGAGAUAAACAUGAUGUCCUUCUAUAUAUUCAAUCAACUGUUGUACGAUAUUUGGAAAACGGAUUACUCCACCAUAAAUGACUAUCGCAAUCAGCUGAGGAAAAUUGCUUGCAAAAUACAAAAUCGUAACCGAGCCACAAGGAGCAGAGCAAAGUAGAAACUGGAAAUAUAAAAACGUUAUAAUGUUUGGGGGGAAAUUGAAAAAAAGAUGUUUCACUUACGAUUUGCUAUCCCGAAAGUCUGGAUAAACUCAUUUUUAGGUCAACGAAUCUGUUUCUUAUAUUGGACUUAAGGGCUACUGAAUUAUAUAAUAAAGAAAUU